AUGCCCGAAGUAGCUGCCAAAGAGUUGCUUGUGAAGGUGAGGGAAAGAGCAGGAGAUGGCGAGGAAGAAAAGCAAAGAUGUUUAGUAGGGAAUGGAAACAGGACAUCAGGUGUAACAGCCACUAUUUCUAGUUCAGCGACAAAGGGGAUGGCAGUCACUACUGGUUUCCUAUUUUAUUCCCUUAAAAUGGAUGCAACAGCGAAGCCUGGAAAACCCUGGACCAGGCACUUCAAAGAAAACAUCAAAUUCAUUCAUGUGUGCCGGCUUAGAGGUGAGAGCUGUCUUGUUCACUGCCUGGCAGGGGUGUCCCGGAGCGUGACACUGGUAGUUGCCUACGUUAUGACUGUCAAUGACUUUGGCUGGAAGGAUGGACUGCACACUGUCUGGGCAGGAAGAUCCUGUGCUACUCUCAACGUGGGCUUCCCGAAGCAGCUCCAGGAAUUUGAAAAGAAUGAAGUUCAACAGUUUCAGCAGUGGCUGAAGGAAGCUUAUGGAGAAAGCCCUCUGCGGGAUGCAGAACAAGCCAUAAGCAUUCUGGGUAAAUAUAGAGAGCAAGUGCAUGCUGAGUCCCAGCAGAAUGCAAGCAGGUGGCGAUGGAGUAGCUUUUCAACUCCUCCAUCUUUGGCAUACGGUAACUAUAAAAUGGAGACAUAA